UCUUCUCUGUUCUCGUCCGGCGAUUCUCCGACUAAUUUUCCGACCAAACACUUCUCUCUCUCUCUCUCUCAUGGAAGAAACGUCGAAGCUACAGUUACCGGAGACUUUCCUUAGCUUUCUAGAGGCUAAUGGCCUUGAUCCUUCAAUCUAUACUCACGGAAAUUCCAUUCCACGCUAUGUAAGGUUGAAACCUGGGUUCGAGGAUGCUCUCGAAGAGAUUGAAUCCCAAAUUAACUGUAAACUGGACAAGGUGAAUUGGUUACCAGGCUUUUACUCUAUCCCUCCAGAUGUUCAUAUAGCCAGAUCCAAGGCGUAUCAGCAAGGCAUGAUGUACGGAAUCGAUGCAGCUUCCGGUGCCGCUGUCUCAGCUCUUGGUAUCUCCCCAGGAGACCAUGUCUUGGAUCUUUGUGCUGCUCCUGGUGCUAAACUAUGUAUGAUGCUUGACCUACUCGGUGACAAGGGCACUGCCACUGGUGUCGAUGUUGCAAGGCAUCGUCUUGCUGCCUGCAGAACUAUGCUUCUCAAGUAUGGGCUUGCUGAAAGGAGCCGUCUUUUUCUUGCUGAUGGAACCACUUUCUCAGUGCCACCAACCACUAACCUACCAUGUGACUCAUUAGUGGACGAUCAUGAAGACACAUUCAAGCAGUGGACCUCCCGUAGACCUUACAAAGAAAGGAAACAAGAAGCUAAGGCCAGGAAGAAUUCCGUUUUGCCGCAGAAUGGACAGCCCGAAAUUAUUUUCUACGGACAGGGUUCUGGAGUAAUCGGGCUUAAAAAGAAGCAACUUUAUAGAUCCCUUGACCAAGAUGAUUAUGCAUAUUGUGGGUAUGAUAAGGUUCUUGUAGACGCAGAGUGCACACACGAUGGUUCAAUCAAACAUAUCCAGAAAUUUGAGCAAUGGGGUUGGACAACUCUGGAACGCCGUGUACUGGAUGCUGAGAGAACCGAUAGAAACUUAUCAGCUCUUCAGUUGAAUCUACUGAGAAAUGGAUUCAGAUUGUUGAAAGAAGCUGGCACCCUAGUGUACAGCACUUGCAGUUUGACGCAUGCUCAAAACGAAGAUGUGGUGGAUCAGUUCCUUGCUGAAAAUUCCUCUGCAGAGUUACAAGAAAUUGAAAUGGCCAAGGAUUGGCCGUGUAGAAGUGGUCGCACGCCUAAGACACUGCGGUUUGAUCCUUCCACCUCAGCAACCAGCGGCCUUUUCGUUGCAAAAAUCAGGAAAUUGCCAUCCAACGAAGCAAAGAAGAAUGUGUUGUGAUACCUCACUCAAAAAGGUGGUUAGGUUGAUGACUCUACUUAAAGUUGGCUACUUUUAGCUUCUUUAUCUGUUUGUUUAAAGAUUAGAAAGUGGAUUGGGUAGAGCCAUUGGGUUUAGGAUUUGCCUAAUCCCAAAUUCAUGAAUUGCAAGCUGAUUUGUGUCCACUAGAACUUUUCAGUCUCACCACUUUUCUACUGUCUCAGUUUUUCUGUACAUAUCUAAUUGUGAUGUUGAUCAUAACAAAAUAACGAAUUAUAU